AUGCCGCCUAAGAUCACCCAACAACAACAACAGCAGGAGCCGCUCUCUCCGACGCUGUCCGCAAACCACAGGAAUGCAACAAACGCCCUGCUCGCCUCCCUCGCUGGCCUCGAGUCCAUGCUCGCGCCCCUCUUCGCCUCCACCUCCGCCCUCUCCGAGACCGUCGCUAAGCUCGACACCGAAAAGAGGUGCCAGCUUGAGCUCCUCCUCGCCUACGCCCUCAACACUCUUGUUUUCAUCAACCUCAAGACAAAUGGAACAGCACCUGCAAGCCAUCCAGUAAUGCAUGAGCUGAAACGCAUUAAGGGAUAUACCGAGAAACUGCGCCAAGUGACACAGGGCGCUCCAACGAGCACGAUGGAAGUUAACAAGGAUGCGGCAGCACGGUUUAUCAAGGGUGCACUGGCGGCCAAUCUUGUGGCGGAUCGGAAGGCGGCGGAGGAACAAGAUCCACAGGGAACCCAUGUGCGAUUCGAGCAUGGGUCAUCAUCAACAACAACAACGACAACAACAGCAGCAACAACAGGAACUUCCUCUUCCUCGUCAUCAACAUCACCAUCAGCAAAAGCAGCAGCAGCAGCAGAGACAGAAACAGCAGCAGCACAAGUAGGAGAAGAAUCAUCAGCAGCAGGGCAACAGCAACAGCCCCAAAUGAAGAAGCGGGCCAUGGACCCUUUCCAUGGAUACGACGGCAACAAAAAGUCCAAACCAUAA